AAAGAAAACGAAAGAGAAAAUUCGUGUGAAAAGGAAGUGGAAGACGAGGAAACCACAGAGGAAGCGUCUCCCUUCCACGCUUGUAGGGUUUCCGGAUCGGAGGAGCCCAGCCUCGCUCAGGUCGCCGCAGCCAUGGUUCGCGGAUCGCUCGGGAAGCUUGCGUCCCGCGCCCUCUCCGUCGCCGGGAGAUGGCAGCACCAGCAGCUCCGCCGCCUCAACAUCCACGAGUACCAGGGCGCGGAGUUGAUGGGGAAGUACGGGAUCAACGUGCCCAGGGGCGCGGCGGCUGGGUCCGCGCAGGAGGUCAAGGACGCCUUGAAGAACGUAUUCCCCAGCGAGAAAGAGAUAGUUGUUAAGAGUCAAAUCCUUGCUGGCGGCCGUGGGCUGGGCACUUUCAAAAGUGGGCUGAAAGGUGGUGUUCAUAUUGUUAAGGCUGAGGAAGCUGAAGGAAUUGCAAGUAAAAUGCUAGGCCAGAUUCUGGUCACGAAGCAAACUGGCCCAGAGGGGAAGAUUGUGAGCAAGGUCUAUUUGUGUGAGAAACUGUCACUUACUAACGAGAUGUACUUUGCCAUCACCCUUGACAGGAAAUGUGCUGGUCCGCUCAUUAUUGCUUGCAGCAAGGGAGGAACCAGUAUUGAAGAUCUUGCAGAGAAGUAUCCUGACAUGAUUAUUAAGGUUCCUAUUGAUGUAUUCAAAGGAAUAACAGAUGAGGAUGCAGCUAAAGUUGUUGAUGGUCUAGCGCUGAAGGCAGCAGACAGGCAGUCUUCUAUAGAACAGAUUAAGAAGCUCUAUGAACUUUUCUGCAAGUCUGAUUGCACACUGCUGGAGAUAAAUCCUCUUGCGGAGACAGCUGACAACAAGCUUGUUGCUGCUGAUGCAAAGUUGAACUUUGAUGAUAAUGCUGCAUUUAGACAGAAAGAAAUAUUUGCACUGCGUGAUACAACACAGGAAGACCCCAGGGAGGUUGCUGCUGCCAAAGCAGAUUUGAACUACAUUGGUCUUGAUGGAGAGAUUGGUUGCAUGGUGAAUGGAGCAGGAUUGGCCAUGGCUACCAUGGACAUUAUCAAGUUGCAUGGUGGUACACCUGCCAAUUUCCUUGAUGUUGGUGGAAGUGCCUCAGAGGGUCAGGUUGUGGAAGCAUUUAAGAUCCUGACUUCAGAUGAUAGAGUGAAGGCAAUUCUAGUGAACAUUUUUGGGGGCAUCAUGAAAUGUGAUGUGAUAGCAGGUGGAAUCGUAAAUGCUGCUAAACAGGUUGACCUGAAGGUGCCUGUUGUUGUUCGGCUAGAAGGCACCAAUGUGGACCAAGGAAAGAGGAUUCUUAAGGAAAGUGGAAUGACACUGAUCACUGCAGAAGAUCUUGAUGAUGCGGCAGAGAAGGCUGUAAAAGCAUCCGUCAAGUAACUCUCUAGUGUAUCAGUCUGAAGUUUCUUUUUUACAAGAUGAGCGGUGCUCUUUUACGGAUUUCGGAUCAGGGCCGAAGCCGUGAACUGCAACUAUUUUGAGGAGGGAUUAUUUUGGCUUUAUUUUUCCUGUUAAACGUUGCCAUUGCCGAAACGGAAUGUAACGUUGUGAUAUCAUGUUAAUAAACAUUUAUCGGCGCAAUUAGGCAGCUACUUGUCAAGUGCAUUUUACCCCACUACCUUUUA